AUGACCAAGAAGUACAGUGACGGUCUGACGAAUGGAUCUGAGGGAGACAGCUCUGCUGAUUCGACUCCAACAAAAUCUGUUCCUUUCUCACCUGUGUUUUUAGUGCAGGUCUCUGAUGCAGUCAAGGAUGGAGACACACUACAGUUCACCAUCAUGGUGACAAGAGUUGGAGAGGAAAACGGUGCUGUUGUGACACGUGUAUUCGAAGAUCUCGAGUGGUUACAUCACUGUCUUAUUACUCAGAACAGUGUUGAUGGAUUAAUAGUUCCUCCUCUCCCCAGUCGACCAGAAGUAGACCCCAGAAGUGCAGAAUCAAAGUCUAAGAAGCAGCUGGGUAGUGAUACAAAAAUCUUGAAGGGAGAUGAAUUUAGCAAAGACUGCAGGACAGUUGAAAAGUACUUGAGGUUAAUUUUAAAACAUGAAUCAUUUGGGAGAGAUGAAGCAUUAUCAAAAUUUUUAACAGAAAAAGAGGCUCCAGUCCGUGCCAAGUUAAAGAAAGGCAUUAUGACCAGAUUUUCAUCAACAGUUGAGGGAGUUCGAAAAGGUGGUCAUAGAGACAUUGAAGAUUAUUUUCAAAAGAAACGAGAAUGGGCAGCAGAGUGGGGGAAAUCAAUGAAAGAUGUCUCAGGGAAUUUUAAUAAAAUGGUAUGCGCUCAAUAUAGAGUUGCAGGUUCCUUUACCCAUCUGGCCACAGCAUUAACCUGGACAGGUGCAUAUAAAGAUGAUGCAACAGUUGAAAUUAACAAAGUGUUUAGCAAAUUAAGUGAAGCUCUUGAUGAUGCAAGGCAUGGUUUGGAAGUGUUAUGUAACAACGAUGAGAAGACACUGGGUUUCCAGCUAGAUCUCUAUGCCAGAUACAGUGACUCACUCAAAGAUAUGCUGUUGCGGCGCACAUGUUUAUUAAUAGAUUACGAAGAUGCCAACAAAGCUCUAGAUAAAGCAAAACCACCUAAACUACAAGCUGCAGAAGAACAGAAAGAGGCAGCAGAAAAGGCCUAUGAAAACUGCACAGAAAAUGCACGCAGAGAGAUGAAAUUGUUUUUACAACAAAGACUUCUUUCCUUUGAAGAAGGCAUGACCUCAUUUGCAGAGUCACAAAUCAAAACAGCACGUGACACGUACACUUUGCUCAUGUCUUCAUUAUCUGCUGUCAAGCAAAUGAACUAGGAGAUAGGAAAGCUCAGUUCCCCUUGUUAAGCUGUUCUCAUUUAUACCAUGAGUAUUUCUUUGGUUAAUAAGUGCAAUUACAUCCAUCUGCACAAAAAUAUUAACCUACAGCACUAAGAAAUUUGUAUUGCAUUAAGAAAUUUGUAUAGCAAACAGUAUGGUGAUAAACUACAUUUCUGUGUAAAGCAAUAUGGAUGCCACAAAGAAUUAUGAGUUGUAAAGACAGUGAUUGUGGGACAGUUACUAAUAAUAUUAUUAGACUUUUUACUUAUAGACGGCAAAUUUAGCAGGACUCCUUGCUUACUCAAAUCCCAGAUUUUGGGUCAGAAGCAUCAAAUUAUGAUAAAAUCCCAAAAUAUCUAUAUUAAGUUAUGUUUACGAUUCUAGCCAUAACCUAAGAAAAAAUUCCCAAAUUCAUUGCCCGACUUAAUAGAAUAUUAAUUUGGACCUCUAAUUAAGGUUAAGCAAUUUUUAAUGUCUAAGAUCUUAACAUAAUGGAAUUCUUAGAUGAAAUGAAGGUGUUAAUUUUCUGACAGCCUUGUUUUGCUGUACAUUACCAUGAUAAGCUUUGUUGUCCAAAAAUAUACAUCCUACAUCCAUAAACCUGGCUUAAAGCAUGUUAGAAUAUAAACUUCUUUUUUUUCUUUCUUUUUCUCAUUUAAUCAAAUUAAAUCAUGAAAUUUGCAUAUUAUUAAUUCAAAUAAAAUAAAUAAAGAACGGACUUAUUGUGGAUUAUGUACUGCUAUGUGAUAAACUGAACAGUAACAUACAUAUGUGUUGCAAUAUUAUAACAGCAUAGUGUAAUUUUAACAUCAAAGGGGCAGUCUAAGUCAAUGUGCCCAAUUCCAUUGGUUGUCCUUUAAAGAUUCUAGUAUAAAAAUGUUUUUUUGAUAGUAAAUGGUUACAACUCUAUAGUCCGAAGGUUCAACACUAACCCUAACCAUAGAUUAAGUAGUCCAAAGGUUCAGUAGUCGAAGGUUUAUAGGCCUAACCCUGGACUAUUGAACAUUUGGACCAUUGAAUCUUCGGACUAUAGAGUGGUCCCCAUAGUAAAUUAAAUUAUCUGGUUGUACAUGUAUUUAUUUUAUGGGCAUAUAGUUGAAGGUAUCAUAUUUACAUAUCAAAGCAAAAGUUAAGAAAUAAUACCAGUGGGAUACUGCCAUUAUGUAAUCUCAUUACACCUUUAAAUUUCUCAAUUAUCUACAUUUGUUAAUGUUUUUGGUAUUAAAUUGUUCUUGGUUAAGGAUUUUAAGGAGAAACUAAACAUUGUAUUUUUGCACUAGUCAUGCAAAAAUGUUGAAAAAAACAAAAGCUGGUCUUUUUUGUGUGAAUCUUAUUUUGCCAUAAAACUAUAGACUUUACUGUGAUGUCUUUAUCAUGUACUCCUUUUAUUUGUGACAGAAAUAUUACAUUUAGAUAUUUAAUAUGAUCCGAUCUGUAUAACUUUUAUUGUAGUUUAGUUUUUUAAACAUAACUGUCCUUAACAAUCUUAUAAUUUAUGUGUAUUAUUGUUAGCCACUUUUAAAAAACAUUUUGAUGUCUUUAUGAUCAUUAAGAUGUAUUAUGUGAAGUAUAUAGAUGAUUUUUUAAAGUAUGAUCACAUGAAAUAAUGUUGAACAAUUAUUUGUAAAUAGGUAUAAAUUUAAAACACUUGUACUUACAGACUUCACUUGAAGUUGUAGAUGAAGCACAAGAUUUUGAUUUUAAAGGGACAGACCCUAGUUUUUAAACACUACAGCAUAUGUUUAUGAUCACUGAAAUCAAACAUUAUUUAUAUUAUAUUGUUUAGAUUAUCCAUUUCCGUACAACCGAAGUGUUUCUGGGCAGCCUGGUGUUUCUAAUACCACAAAAUGCAUUUUUCAUAUUUUUAAAACCACACGUGCAUCUGAGAUGUAUCAGUUAUAGAGUUGCGUUUUAUUCUAUUUUUAAGGGUAUUUCAACUUCACAGACUCUUUUUUCACUAUGUUGUAUCUAAAUUUGUUACCAUUUUGUAAAUUAACCAGAGUGUUCAUUUUUACUGGUUGAAACUAGGGUCUAGCUGAAAAAUAUGCCUUCAUGUUUAAAAACUAGGAUCUGUCCCUUUAAGAUCAGGUGAUGGAAGUUGGUUUGAUUGGAUGUUCAUUUUGAUUAAAAUUUCAUUUAGAAUGAAAGUUUCUAUAGAAUAAUAGAUGUUUAAAUCGAAGAUGUGAGAGAAAAACCUGUAAACUCAUUUUGUUACCAGCAGAAUCUUGCUUUUCACAUGCAUGACGCAACAUGUACCGGUAACGGGAUUUGAUAUACCAGCUAUGAAAGAAAACCAUAAAGAUCUACUGAGCUAUAUUCUGCUCUAGAUAAUGACAUUAAGGAAAGGUUAUUAGGAUUUCCAAAGAAUAUACGGUAGUAUCACAAUGAAUGUACAUGACAUGAAUGUUGUUUUAUUAGUAUAUGAACUUGAUGACAUUAAACCAUUCGAUGUCAUACUUUUAACCUUAGUGCAAUAUUGUUUAAUACAGUUUUCAACCUUUUUUUCUAAAAAUUAUUUACCACUGCUCAAGCAUAUAAUCAAGUUGUGAUGUUGCAAUAAAAUAUAAAGUCCUUUACACCAAUCUUCUAUGAACAUACUGUAUAUUUUUUUACAUUAAGAUUUUCUUAACAUUCCUACACCAUAAUUUUUUAUUUUUUUUUAUCACCUAUACAAAUUUCAUUACAAGUAUUAACAUAUCCAGUAUUUAAUUUCUUUUGGUGGUGGGGGGUGGGUGGGUAGGGAGAGUCACUCAUAUUGGGGAUGGAACACUCAUACUGUCUACAAGUUGUGUUAUGUGGAGAGGCAAAUAUAAAAGGUGGUGGGGAAAAGGGAGGUGUGAUUGAAGGUGGCCAUGGUGUCCAACCCCACGGUUAUCUAUUAUAUAUCAGUUAUAUAUUAGGGCUGUUCUAAAAUUGAUUGGUUGGAAGGCAUCACAAUUGGUAUUUUAUGCCUUAUGGGUCUACUCUGUUUCUCAUUCCAGCCAAUGCACCACCACUGGUAUAUCAAAGGCCAUGGUAUGUGCUAUCCUGUCUGUGGGAUGGUGCAUAUAAAAGAUCCCUUGCUAUUAAUGGAAAAAUGUAGCUGGUUUCCUCAUAUGUCAAAAUUAUCAACUGUUUGACAUCCAGUGAUUAAUAAAUCAAUGUGCUCUAGUGGUGUGAUUAAAAAAAAGCAUUAACGUUUUUAUGAGUCUGCUGCAUUUUUCCCUUGUGGCAUCCCCCCCCCCCCCCCCCCCCCAGUGCUGGAUCAAAACCUCAAAUUCAGGCAAAAUGUGCUAAUCUGAUACCUUUUUGCCAUGUAUUUCUAUCAUUCUACCCUCAAAAUUAGUUGUGAUCUAUGGAAAAAUGUGUAGCGAUUAGUUUGCAACCCUGUAUAACUUUGGCAGUAAUGCUAACAUGAAUAAAUGUUGUUAUGCAGAUUCUGGCAUUUUCGUUUAAUUCAGGCAAAAGCCAGUCUGUUCCACCACCACCCCCCGCCACUAUAAAAAUGGGAGCCAGUAUGCCUAUGCCCCUAUGCACUUGGUUUAAGUUGGGGGAAGAAACCUGUGGGUGGUGGCCAGGUGAGCCCUUUCCACUUUAAGAUCAGUUUUGGAACAGCCCUUUAUAAAUUGUAGGAUUGUAGGCAUUUGUUAAUUUUUUCUUAAAAUUAGUAUGUUAUCUACAUUUUAAAAAUCUCUGUGUUAAAUAGAUGCUAUCAACAAGUUCAAAAUGGUUAUUGUUGUUAAUGCUAAUGUAAACAAUAUAAUUAUGUAGGUGUUAAUAUGUCAGUAUUUGCGUAUCCUUGGUUACAGUAUAGGCACUUAAUGUGUGCUUAUUACAUUAUUUUUUUAAUGUAUUUAUUGUAUAUCUGUAUAUCAGUGUUUUCCAGUUUAUUAUUGUGCCUUGAGUAUUACCAUUUCUUACUUUAUUUAAGUAGGAUAUAAUGCCUAAUGAACUCCCAUCACAGACAAUACUAAGUUUAAGACAUUGACAUUAUUAGCCUAUAAUUAUGUAAAAAAAAGAAAGAAAAAAAGUGUAUGCUUGCAGGAUGCAGUUCUGUUGCUGUGAACAUGAAGCCAUCUGGCUCAAGGUAAAAGAAAUUAAUGUAAUAUUUAUAAAAUUCUAAGUCAUUCAAAUUAUAUAUAAUAUGCUUUCUUGGGGUACUGAUGUAAUUGAACAUUUUUGUCCGGUAAUAUUCAACAUUUUUUAAGCAAUGUGGACAACAUCAAAAAGGAAAAUAUGAAUUUUAAUCUACCAUUACAACAGGUAGGAGUUUUUCUAGGGUGGGUUUUUUUUUUUUUUUUUUUUUUUUUUUGGGAGGGGUGGGGGACUUAAAAUACUUUAAUGGUGUUAUAAGGAUCAUAUUUAUUUGUGUUUUAGUGCAAUCUUGAUGAACCAAUAUUAUGAAAAGUCAGAUUUUUCCUUUUUUUUCCUUUGUAUUUAAUGUGGAUUGGAGUGUUUAUUUGUUUUCUUAACAAAAUAUCCUCUUUAGUACGUAUGGAUACUGGUAGCUAAUUUUCUCUGAACUUCCAAACAAAUCUGCAUUUUGUUAUGUACAUUGAUCAAUUCAUGUUCUGUUACACUAUGUUGCCUUUAAUAUACAAUGUAUUGUUAUAAAUAUACAUUUAAUAUGUAUUGAUAUAUAAUUCCAUAAAAGUAUUCAUAUAUGUAUAUAAUUUUGCCCACGAUGUUAAGAAUUGUUUUAAAUAGCACAGACUCAGUGUUAAUUAUGUAGACAUGACACAAUAUUAGUAGUGCUGUGUUUAAGUGCCAAAUGCAUGACUGUGUCUACCUGUGGUGUUCAGAUUUUGUUUCUGCUUUCUGAUUUUUUAAAUUACUGUACUGUACUUUUUGGUUUUUGGUUUUAUACAUUUAUUACCUAAAUAAUUUUAAAGAACAUAAUCAGUUAUUCUUGAAUGCAAUUCUUAUUAUGUAAAUUAUAAGCUGGACUUUUAAACUUAAACUUUUAAAGUAACAUGGCUGGACCAAAUUUAAGUUAACAGAAAUUUAAAAGUGGUGGAAAUAACAAGUCUGUUUUGUUUUAAAAUGCUGUUUAAAUUGCUUAAUCGUUACUGACUUGUCAAGAUCUAGUAUACCAAUGGGGAGGGGAGAUGUUUGUUUUGUUUUAUUAUUUGAUUAACAUUUUUUGGGUGAUGCACAAGAUUAACGGUGACGUUAAUUUUUACUUUGCCAGUAGCUAUGGGCAAGUUGUUUUGUCGCCAGAGUACUCUGACUGUAGAGGGCUAGACGGACAUUUGGACAGAUAUUCAGGACUGAAUAUCUGUCCAUAUGUCCGUCUAGCCCUCUACAGUCAGAAGACUCGAACUGGUUGUUUUGAAGCACAUCUGUUGUGGAUACAAUAUAUAUUUUGGCCAAAGUCAUAUGUUCAAAAUGGGCAUUGACAAAAUCGCACAAAUAUAGCUUUUCGAUUAAUUUAUGGGACUGUUUUUUUACUGGUAGGUAAUUAAUUUCUGUAUUUUCUAAUACAUGUACAGCCAUUAGUCUUGGUUAUGCUUUACUAGCUAUUGCUAAGUAAAUUAAACAUAUCUAAGGAUUAGUGCUAUGGUUCAUAAUGUUAAUGUGAAUUACUUUUUUAAAUACAAAUGUUAAAACGCAUUUCUAAAUCAAAUUUUGUUUUUCUCAUUUGUAUUUUUAUACAAAAUAUGAAGACCAGAAUUUAAUAAGUGUUUCAAUAAUGACCAGAUGUUGUGACCCGAUUUUAAGUUUGCAGAAUUGGACACAAAAUCUAUAGACUAGACUCUAGUUUGCAUGCUAUAUUUUUUACUAUUGUGAUUAGAAUAAAUUAGUGUCAUGUUAAAAUAGAACUAUGCAGGCACACCCCAGACUAGUUCAAACAGGGUUGGGUUUUUUAUAUAACAUUCACAUUUCCAUUUGUACAAAAAAUAAGGUGAGCAGGUAAUAUUGGCCACUGCUAAAUUUGUUGGUGAUUAUUUAGUAAAUUUUGUUAUUUACAGACACGGUUAACCAUAAAGCAAUAAAUUUGUUUUUAUAUGUCA